AUGCAGUCCGAAUCACCGAGUUCUGAAUACGCUGAAAGCUACGGAAGCCAACUGUCCCUUCUGAUGGACGGCUCGCCCGAACGAGACCCUGAUCAUCCUCGCUUCAUUCAAACCGUUGAAAGACACCCUGAGGUUUCCCUGAGCGAUCCCACGCCGGUUCUUCCGGCAGCGAGUCCCUUCCGCACCCCGGAUCCGCCACGCACCCCGCAUCUUCCGCCUUUUCCGGGAAGAAUCGCCCGUUUCGCCGUGGCGGGUUCCCCGGGUCAGCUUCCCCGCGCGUAUUCCGGCAACACGAUCCCCGGCGCGGCGUCCAGCAGCAGCAGCAGCGGCGCCACCGGCAGCAGCGCGCAGAGCCGCCAGUCUGGGCUCCGUCUGACGCGGAGGCUGGAUCUGGCGGUCGCGGAGAGCGGAGUUGCUGGCGGAGAAGGCAGCGGGCUCCGCGGAAAUAGUAGUACUACAAUAGGUAGCGCCGGUGGCGGCGUCCGCGAGCAGCGCGGGCGCAAGCAGCGGCGGAUUCUACCGAGCGAAGACGAGGUAAAAGCCGCUGCUGCUGGCCACUUGGGCGGCCACGUGGCUGGCCAUUUUGGUGGCCACGUGGCAGGCCAAUCAGCUGGCCACGUGGCAGGUCACGCUGCUGCUUUUCCAAGGUUCUUUGGCGGCAGCAGCUUCGGCGCAGCAGGAGAAGGAGGUUCAGGCGGAGAAGGAUUUCCAGGAGGAUCAACCAAUCAUGCUGCUGAUCUAGACGUUCUUAGACACGGGAGUGACUUGCACUCUCAAUUAGCCCAUCUGCUCCAGCAAAACUCCGCUGCUGCCAUAGCUGCCGCUGCUGCCAACCCAAGUGCUGCUGCUGCUGCUGCUGCUACCACCGCCCUAGAAGGAAACGCCACCACGUUGCACGCAUUGGGAUUAGGAGGGAGUGCGGGCUUUAGGCAAGGAGGGGAGGGCGGGCAGAUAGGGGCGCGGCAGAUAGAGGGCGGGCGGAUAGAGGGCGGGGUGUCAGUGGGGGAGAUGGAACGAGGGUUGCUCUGGGAUAUGGGUGGAGGGAUGGACAGACGCAUGGGAGGGAUGGGAGGAGGGAUGGGAGGAUUGGGGAGAGGGAUGGGGGGAGGAUUGGGGAGAGUGAUGAGUGGGGGAAUAAUGGGGGAAUCAAAUGAGGGAAUGAAUAGGUUAGAAGGGAUGAGAGGCGGUUGGAUGGCAGGGCAGGGCACAGCACCACUGCCGUCAGUCAAUCCCACCGACUCCUUGAGUGCGUCCCUCUCUCUGAACGCCGCUACAGCCGCGGAUUUCCACCGUGCCGCCCCGGGAUUCUGCAUGGCCGGCCCGCUACAGCCGCUGGCAGGAGGCUCGCUGGGCGACAGUGGCAGUGGUGGCGGCCGUGGCGGGUUGCUGUAUGAAUGCAGAUUCUGCGGGAAGGGAUUUGCGCAGUCCCAGGCGCUUGGAGGGCAUAUGAACACUCACCGCCGAGGUUGGUUGGGGGUGGGGGAAAUAGGGGAGGAGAAAAGGGGGGUGGGGGGGGGAGGAGAGGGCGCGGAGGGAAAGGGGAGGGGAGGAGGGGGAAGAGGGGAAGGGGAAGUCAAAGCGAGAAGCGGAGCAGAUGCUUCAGAGUCAGGGAAUCUUACCGCAGAGAGGUGCAAGGUGAGCAAGAAAACCUCUGCCGUUGCUGGUGCUCUUCUGGUGCACUUCUGGUGCACUUCUGGUGCACUUCUGGUGCACUUCUGGUGCUCUUCUGGUGCACUUCUGGUGCACUUCUGGUGCACUUCUGGUGCACUUCUGGUGCUCUUCUGGCGCUCUUCUGGCGCUCUUCUGGCGCUCUCCCAGGGAACUUCUAUGCUGCAACCAGGAGCAAUGGCGCAUGCAGGGUCGAUUAUAGCCUCCCUUUUAGCUCACCUGUCGUUUCCUAACUUCUUCCCCAACUUCCCUCCCUGCAGUGCUCGCCUGGGAGCAGGAGAGGCACAGCUGCUUCUGGCGCUCUCCCAGGGAACUCCCGUGCUGCAGCCAGGAGCAAUGGUCCAAGCUCAAGCAGCGGCCACUGUUGAACCCAACCCAGCAGCAGCAGCUGGUGCAAUGCAGACAGCAAUGCACGGUCAAGAACGUUCCUCACUUCUUCAAAACCCCUCGCUUCAAGCCCCUUCUCCUCAAGAUCCCUCCAUUGCCGCACUUCUCGCCCAUGCCCAGAACCAGGCAGCAGUCGGUAUAAUGCAGACAGCAACACAGGUUCAAGGUCCAUCCCAUCAAGCCCCCUCCUUCCAAGCCCCCUCCCUUCAUUGUCGCCCUCUUCAAGGUCCCUCAUUCGCAGCUCUUCUCGCACAGGCGAAGAACUUGACAGGAGUGAAGAGAGCUUGUGGGGUGAAGGGGAAGGAGAGACUGCAGGUGGGUGGAUAA